AUGGCGGUGGCAUUUGUCGGAGACGACCUGGCUAGGCAGUCGAGUAGUAGGAGGAGCUGGCGGUCGGCCAGCGUGCGGGAAAUGUGGAAUGAGCCGGACGUGUUUCAGCGGAGCGGGCGGCAGGUGGAGAACGACGAGGAGGAGUUGAAGUGGGCUGCAAUAGAGAGGCUGCCCACGUAUGAUAGGGUGAGGACGGGGAUGCUAAAGCAGGUGAUGAGCAACGGGAGGGUUGUGCAUGGGGAGGUUGAUGUCACCAAGCUGGGCUCUCAGGAUAAGAAGCAGUUGAUGGAGAGCAUUCUCAAGGUUAUUGAAGAGGAUAAUGAGAAGUUCCUCAGGAGGCUUAGGGACAGAACUGAUAGGGUAGGAAUAGAGAUCCCAAAGAUUGAAGUAAGAUUCCAGCAGUUAUCGGUUGAAGGAGACGCAUACGUUGGGACCAGAGCACUUCCAACUCUGCUUAAUUCCUCCUUGAACGCAAUAGAGGGAGUUCUAGGGAAGAUUCGGCUCACUCCAUCAAAGAAAAGAGUUGUCAAGAUACUCAAAGAUGUGACCGGUGUAGUCAAGCCAUCGAGGAUGACAUUGCUUCUAGGGCCUCCUGCGUCAGGGAAAACAACAUUGCUACAAGCACUUUCAGGGAAGCUGGAUGAUGACUUAAGGGUAACUGGGAAAGUCACAUACUGUGGCCAUGAACUCAAUGAAUUCGUGCCUCAAAGAACCUGUGCUUAUAUCAGCCAGCAUGAUCUCCAUUACGGUGAGAUGACUGUUCGUGAAACGUUGGAUUUUUCGGCACGUAGUUUAGGAGUUGGAACCAGGUACGAAAUGCUAUUAGAGUUGGCUAGACGCGAGAAAGAAGCAGGAAUUAAACCAGAUCCCGAGAUUGAUGCUUUCAUGAAAGCUACGGCUAUGGUCGGACAGGAGACAAGCUUGAUCACUGAUUACAAUCUCAAGAUACUGGGAUUGGAUAUUUGUGCUGAUACUAUGGUGGGGGAUGACAUGAGAAGGGGUAUUUCUGGUGGUCAAAAGAAGCGUGUAACCACUGGAGAAAUGUUGGUUGGACCAGCAAAAGCAUUUUUUAUGGAUGAAAUAUCAACAGGGCUGGACAGCUCCACCACGUUUCAGAUUGUCAAGUUCAUGAGACAAAUGGUUCAUAUCAUGGAUGUCACCAUGGUCAUCUCUCUCUUGCAGCCAGCCCCUGAAACGUAUGAUCUUUUUGAUGACAUUAUCCUUCUCUCUGAGGGCCAGAUUGUAUAUCAAGGUCCGCGUGAGAAUGUUCUUGAGUUCUUCGAAUAUGUGGGUUUCAAAUGUCCAGAAAGGAAAGGAGUUGCUGACUUUCUGCAGGAAGUAACUUCCAAGAAUGACCAAGAACAAUAUUGGUUCAGAAGGGACCAACCUUACCGAUAUAUCUCUGUACCUGAGUUUCUAAGAGCCUUCAACUCUUUUCACAUUGGGCAACAACUCUCAGAAGAUUUAAGAAUUCCAUAUGACAAAUCCAGAGCCCAUCCUGCUGCUUUGGUAAGAGAAAAGUACGGGAUCUCCAACAUGGAACUCUUCAAGGCUAAUUUCGCAAGGGAAUGGCUGCUGAUGAAGCGCAGCUCGUUUGUAUACAUAUUCAAAACUACUCAGCUAACAGUCAUGGCAACAAUUGCAUUGACUGUGUUCUUCAGGACAGAAAUGAAAACUGGACAAAUUAGAGAUGGAGCAAAAUUUUGGGGAGCACUAUUUUUCAGCCUCAUUAAUGUCAUGUUUAAUGGAAUGACAGAACUUGCAAUGACAGUUUUUAGGCUUCCUGUGUUUUUUAAACAGAGGGAUUUCUUGUUCUACCCUGCAUGGGCUUUUGCAUUGCCUAUUUGGCUCCUCAGAAUUCCAGUUUCACUGAUGGAAUCUGGUCUUUGGAUCAUUCUUACAUAUUACACCAUUGGGUUUGCACCUUCCGCCAGUAGGUUCUUCAAGCAGUUCUUGGCUUUCUUUGGCGUACAUCAGAUGGCACUCUGCCUCUUCCGUUUCAUUGCAGCUGCCGGAAGAACACAGGUUGUUGCAAGCACUCUUGGUACCUUUACAUUGCUGCUGGUGUUCGUUCUUGGUGGUUUCAUUGUUUCCAAAGAUGACAUUGAGUCAUGGAUGAUAUGGGGCUACUACGUUUCUCCCAUGAUGUAUGGACAAAAUGCAAUUGCUAUCAACGAGUUUCUUGAUGACAGAUGGAGUACUCCAACACCAAACUCCAGUCAACCAACAGUUGGAAAGACUCUUCUCAAGGAGAGAGGCCUGUUCACUGAGGAAUAUUGGUAUUGGAUAUGUAUUGCAGCACUCCUCGGGUUUUCUCUUCUUUUCAAUUUUCUUUUCAUUGCAGCACUGACAUUCCUGAAUAUGCCCGGUGAUACUAAAGCUGUGAUCGUGGAGGAUGAGUCUGAAAGGAAGCCUAGGAGGCAAUUGGCAACCACUUCAGAAGGUAUUGACAUGUCAGUGAGAAAUGCUCAAGGAAGUACCAGCUCAGUUCAAUCUAAACGAGGAAUGGUUUUGCCCUUCCAGCCCCUUUCACUUGCUUUCAAUCAUGUGAAUUACUACGUGGAUAUGCCUGCAGAAAUGAAGACCCAAGGUGUUGAUGAGACCCGACUGCAGCUACUCCGAGAUGUUAGUGGCGCUUUCCGACCUGGUGUACUGACAGCAUUAGUUGGUGUCAGUGGUGCUGGAAAGACUACCUUGAUGGAUGUCUUAGCAGGAAGAAAGACUGGUGGAUAUAUUGAAGGAAGUAUUAGCAUUUCUGGUUACCCAAAGAACCAAGCCACAUUUGCUCGGGUCAGCGGUUAUUGUGAACAGAAUGACAUUCAUUCCCCAUAUGUCACUGUUUAUGAAUCUCUUGUAUAUUCUGCAUGGUUGCGUCUCUCUUCGGAUGUUAAAACGGAAACACGAAAGAUGUUUGUUGACGAAGUCAUGGAUUUGGUUGAGCUUCAUCCUUUGAGGGAUGCUCUGGUUGGACUUCCAGGAGUUAAUGGUCUUUCAACUGAGCAGAGAAAGAGGCUCACCAUUGCUGUGGAAUUGGUUGCAAACCCUUCCAUCAUCUUUAUGGAUGAGCCCACGUCAGGCCUUGAUGCUAGAGCUGCUGCCAUUGUCAUGCGUACUGUAAGAAACACAGUGAAUACUGGACGAACUGUUGUCUGCACAAUUCACCAACCGAGCAUUGACAUCUUUGAAGCUUUUGAUGAGCUUUUCUUGAUGAAAAGAGGAGGACAGGCAAUUUAUGCCGGACCUCUUGGUGAUCGUUCUCACAAACUUGUCGAGUAUUUUGAGGCUAUCCAAGGGGUCCCCAAGAUCAAAAAGGGGUACAAUCCUGCUACCUGGAUGUUGGAGGUCAGUUCUACUUCAGUUGAGGGUCAACUUGACAUUGAUUUUGCCGAAGUUUUUGCCAGCUCUGACCUCUAUAGGAGAAAUCAGGAACUUAUCAAGGAGCUGAGCUCCCCACAACCUGGUUCAGAGGAUCUUUACUUCCCCACUCAGUACUCCCAAAGCUUCCUAACUCAGUGCAAGGCAUGUUUCUGGAAGCAGCACUGGUCAUACUGGAGAAACUCGGAAUACAAUGCAAUUCGGUUUUUCUUGACAAUUGUCAUUGGUGUUAUGUUUGGUGUUAUCUUCUGGAGCAAGGGAGACCAGAUACAGAGACAGCAAGACCUGAUCAAUCUUUUGGGAGCUACCUAUGCUGCUGUUCUUUUCCUUGGAGGUAUCAAUGCUUCUGCCGUACAAUCUGUGGUUGCAGUAGAGAGAACAGUCUUUUACCGUGAAAGAGCAGCUGGAAUGUAUUCAGAGUUGCCCUAUGCAUUUGCUCAGGUGGCCAUUGAGACAAUUUAUGUUGCAGUACAAACGUUUGUGUAUGCUCUUCUUCUGUACUCGAUGAUUGGAUUCCACUGGAAGGUGGACAAGUUCUUGUAUUUCUACUACUUCAUAUUCAUGUGCUUUACAUACUUCUCAAUGUACGGGAUGAUGGUUGUUGCACUGACUCCGGGCCAUCAAAUUGCUGCAAUUGUUAUGUCCUUCUUCUUGAGCUUUUGGAACUUGUUCUCUGGUUUCCUCAUUCCUAGGCCGCUGAUCCCCAUAUGGUGGAGGUGGUAUUACUGGGCUUCACCUGUUGCUUGGACAAUCUAUGGUGUUUUUGCAUCUCAAAUUGCAGACAAGAAGACUCCGCUUCUACUUUCUGAUUCAACCAGCGUACCUGUAGACCAAUUCCUAAAGGAUUACAUGGGUUUUGAGCAUGACUUCCUUGUCCCUGUAGUCUUCGCCCAUGUUGGUUGGGUCCUCCUCUUCUUCUUUGUCUUUGCCUAUGGCAUCAAGUUCCUCAACUUCCAGAGGAGAUGA